AUGUCUGGACUAGAACUGGCUGUCUCUGUCCUGGCAUUGGUGGAAGCGGCAAUUUCCACGACGAAAAGUCUUCAUGGAGCAUACAGAAAGAAGAAGGACCUCCCAAACGUCUGCGGGCGCCUUGAAGACAAGUUAAUAAGCAUUCGGGAUAUUGUCAAGAUCGUGAAAGAUGAAGAGGUCUUGUGCACUCCAAAAGUCAUAGCUCAGCUGAAGCAGCUUGAACGAAGGGGUAAACAGGUUAAACUCCUUCUGCGUUCCAUCCAUCCUGCUGGCAAGAGCUCGGCGCGUCUCUUUCUUCAUCAACUAUUCAACGGAUCUGAAGAUGAGCAAAAACUGGUCGAGAUCAUUAGCGAUCUAGAAGGGGACAAGACUUCACUCCUCGUUGCCAUUCAAGUCGUCGGCGUUGGCCUGGGGAAGGAUCAUGAACGUGGCAUUGCUUUUGUCACCACAGCCUCUGCGAAACGGAUUGAUGACAUCCUCCGCGAGAAGCUACACUUACAGGAUGGACUCAGAAUCAUGAGGGUUAUCGAGGAUCGAACAUCAGAUGGCAAAGUGCCCCUAACCGAGGAGGAUCUCGAGUCCCUGAGAGCAUGCAUGGAGCCGACUGUCGAGGGCAGGCAGCCAGCCACUGAACGGAUCAUCCUCAACAAUGUUGCAAAGUUCCAAGCAACUCAGAUCAACGCGCCGCUUGGGGAGGACAUUUGGGCGCACAUCGAUCGCUUGGUGGUGGAGAACAACCAAGCGGAUGCUCUCAACACCCAGAUCAACUACCCAAUGACUCUAGGUGCCUUCUACAGUGGUGUUAUGCCUCAACUAGUGUUUUUCCUUUUUCUCUCGUUCUUAUUGUAUUUCCCACUGUCCUACACUUUCCAGAAAGACUGA